AUGACAGGUGCUAUUGACUUUGAACUGAUCAAAACGCAAAAGGGGAGACUUGUGCAAACCAUUCACGAAACGGCAAAGUGGGGAGCAAAAGGAGUCUGGGGUAAGGAAGCUUCUCAAACUGGGGUAUGCAGAUUAGCCUUAUCAGAUCUAGAUAAAUGCGUGAGAGACUGGUUUGUUAAGGAGACUAGCGAUUUAGGCUGUACUAUCAAAAUAGAUCAAGUAGGUAACAUCUUUGCUAUUUAUCCUAGUAAAAACAAAGGUUUGCCUACAGGAAUUGGUUCUCAUUUGGAUACUCAGCCCAGUGGAGGUAGAUAUGAUGGAAUAUUAGGUGUGUUGAGUGGUCUUGAGGUGUUGAGAACACUCAAAGAGAACAAUAUUGUUCCAAACUUUCCCAUUGCUUUGGUAAACUGGACAAACGAAGAAGGUGCAAGGUUCCCAAUGAGUAUGGUUGCGAGCGGAGUAUGGGCUGAGAAAAUUCCAUUAGAAACAUGUUUGGCCUUGAAGUCCAUAGAUGAUACACCAAAGGUCUUUGGCGAGGAACUUUCAAGAAUCGGGUAUGCUGGCAAGGUGCCUGCAUCCUAUCAAUCCAAUCCAUUGGCGUGCCAUUUUGAACUCCACAUUGAACAGGGUCCCGUUUUGGAACAAGAAGGUAAGAAAAUCGGGGUUGUUGUAGGAGGGCAAGCAUUUGAAUGGAACAUGGUUACUGUUUUUGGCCGAUCUUCACAUGCAGGUACUACACCAAUGAACACUAGGUCUGAUGCAUUAGUAACUGCAUCUAAAAUUAUACUCAUGGCUAUUGAGACUGCGGAAAGACUGGGCGGAUUGGCCACUAUAGGUACGUUGAAUUUAGAGCCAUCAUCCGUCAAUGUAAUACCCAACAUUGUUAAGUUCACCUUGGAUGUGAGACACGUGGAAGAUGAAGCGCUUCUGGGAAUAAUGACCGAAAUCAAAUCAAAAGCAACGCACAUUGCUAAUACAGGAAUCGGCUCAACAUUUGCUAAACCAUUAACUGUUGAUUUUCACAAUAUCACUACAUCAAAGGCGAUUAAAUUCAACCAGAACAACAUCGAUACAGUGAAGAAGGCAGCAUUACAACUAUUCAACGAAAAUGAAAUCAGAGAGAUUGUGAGUGGUGCAGGACAUGAUUCAUGUUUUACAAGUACAAGAGUGCCUACAUCAAUGAUUUUCAUUCCUUCAAAAGACGGCCUUUCUCACACUCCCGAGGAAUACUCUUCACCUGAAGAAGUUGAAAAUGGCUUCCAAGUAUUACUAAGGACUGUGUUACUAUAUGAUCAAGCAAGAGAGGAAUAA